CAGGGCGGGACCUGGGCUCCACUGCCUGGAUAAAGCCGGGGACAGUGGGUCCCUGUCCGGGCACCUUCCCACUGCCAGUGAUCCUAGGCACCUGCAGAGUGGCUCACCCCCUCCAGCCUCAUCUGAGACCCAGCCCAGUCCUCCCAUGGCAGCUGAAGGCAUGACCCUGCCACCACCGCCCUCACCCCCUGUGCCAGGGGGAUCCUACCAAGAGAUGUCCCUGGGCUCAGCCAGCCACGAACCCCCUGCCCCUUGCCCAGAACUGUGGGAGAUCCCCAAGGCCAGGGGCAACUGGGAGCAGGCAGAUGGAGAGGAUCCAGCUCCCCCAGAAGCUCCGGGCCAGGGCCUUGCCACCAGCUGCCAGCAGGGGGUAGCAACCACUGGGCAGGCUGCCCCCGCGCCAGGCUCUCCUGUGGCAACUCUGUCUCCAGAGCCGUCCCACCUGAGGCAGGAGGGGCCAGGGGAGGGCCCAGGCGGAGCAACAGCCUAUGACCCACGGAGCACCCCAGCUGGUGCCGGGUCCCAGAGACAGGUGACAGAGCUGGGAGGCACCAGAGAGCCAGAGCCCCAUGGGACUGGGGAGCCAGGAGCGGGAGCUGUGAAUCCAGCUGGACACCCAGAACCGGCUGGGACCAAGAAGCCAGAACCAGGUGCUGCAGAUCCAGCCACAGCCCUAGAACCGGCUGGGACCAGGGAGCCAGAACCAGGUGCUGUGGAUCUCAUUGGACCCCCAGAACCACCUGGGACCAGAGAUUCAGAACCAGCCGAUUCCACAGGGCCAGAACCUGGUGCUGUGGAUCCAGCCAGUGCCUCAGAACCGGACAGGACCAAGGCACCAGAAUCAGCUGGUACUGAUAAUCCCUCUGGAUGCCCAGAACCAGCUGGGAUCAGAGAUCCAGAACCAGCUGGACCCCCAGCACCAGCUGAGACCAGACAGUCAGAACUUGGUGCCACUGACCCUUCUGGACCGCCAAAACCGGCCAGGACCAGAGAACUAGAACCAGACGGUGCUGCUGAUCCCUCCAGCCACCCAGAGCCGGCCGGGACUAGAGAGCCAGAACCUGGUGCUGCUGAUCCAGCCAGCGCUCCAGAACCAGCUGGGACCCCAAAUCCCACUGGAUCCCUAGAACCAGCUAGGACCAGAGAGGCAGAACCCUGUGCCACUGAUCUCUCUGGACCCCCAGAACCAGCUGGGACCAGGGAGCCAGAAUCCAGUGUCGUGGAUCCAGUUGGUGCCCCAGAACCAGUUGGUACCAAAGAGCCAGACCUGGCUGAGACCCCUCAGCUCUCUAAUCUUCCUGAACCAGCUGAUACCAGGGUGCCAGAACCAGCCAGUGCCCCAGAACCAGUUGGUACCGAAGAACCAGAACCUGGUGCCACGGAUCCAGCCAGCACCCCAGAACUGGCUGGGACGCCCCAGACUGCCAACCCUUCAGACCCGACUGGUACCACUGAUCCAGCCAGGCCCCCCCAGCCCACAGACCCUCCAGAACCAGCCAGCACCAGGGAACCAGAAUCGGGUAGUGCCACACACCUGCUCCCCCGUGAAGGCCCCGUGCCAGCUCCCAUAGCCCAGUCUCUGGCUGCCAGCCAGGAGAACUCCAGUGCCAGCCCAGCAGGCUCUAGCACCAGCCCGGUGAGCUCCAGUGCGGCAACAUCAAUGGAGCCUGAGACGCCCAUUGAGCGGGAGAUCCGGCAGCUCCAGGAGCGUGAGGAAGUGCUGCGGCGGGAGCGGGGCCUGACCAGCCCACGAGGGGCCCAGGAGCUGGUGGAGGUUCGGAUCCGGCCCUUGCUGAGCCAGCCGGCACUGGUGUUGCGACCCUCAGACACAGAGCGGCGCUGGGCUGGGGCCCAGAUGCUGCGGGAGAUUGAGCGAGAAGCGCGCCGGGAGCAGGCCCUGGUCCGCCUGGGCACUGUGCUUGGGGCUUAUGACCCCGGCCCGGCCCCAGGGAUGCUCCAGAAGAAGAUGCUCUUUGAGGCAUCCCCGUGGGAACCAGAGGGGCUCUUCCUUGGCAACCAGGUGCACUGGCAACCGGAGGGGGUCUCCACCAGCACCCGGACAACCUGGCAACCAGAGGGGACCUCCCCUGGCAACCGGGGACCAGAGGAGAUCUCCCCUGGCAACCAGGUGUCCUGGCAACAGGAUGGGAUCUUCACUGCCAAUCAGGGACCAGGUGCUAAAGCCAAUAUGGUGAUCCUGGAGCCAGGGACCCUGUUGAGGCCUGGGGGACCCCCGGGGACCCCUAGGGGCCCCUUUGCCCGGCUGCAUCCCCGGAGCCCCCCAUCACUGCUGGAGCAGGAGGUGCGGGAAGCCCGGGAGCGGGAGCAGGAGCUGCGGAGGCAGCGCCAGGUGCUGUAUGGCACCACCACACCCAGGGAUGAAGAUGAGGGCCACGAGGAUGCCCAGGAGACACCACCGCAGCAGGCAGAGAGAGUGUCCUGUGGGAAGCUGGACGUGACCUGGCCCCCGCCAAGCCCAGCUGAGCCCCUCCAGCUCAAUGGACUGGACCAGGCAAACAGAAGCCCUCGGAGUCUUCGCCAGAAAAAUGCCUUAAUCCAGCGCUGGGAGUCAGGGUCCCUUGGCAACCCCGAGAGCCCGGAGUGAGGGGUGGUGCUAAAGGGGGGAGCCUCCAGGCCCCUCCCACCUGCUCCAGGCCCCACCCCCUUUGCAGGUAUCCCAUGGCUUCCACCAUCUGUCCUGGGAGCAGGGCCUCUCUCAAUUGGACCAAAUGCCAAAGCACAUAACCGCACAAGCCCUUCGGAUUGGGCAAUGAGCUGCUGGGCUCUGCCCUCCCCGGAGCCCACAAAUCUGAAGUGACUCCAGAUUACCACCACUGGACUCCAGUUCUCACAGGGGAGGAGGGGAAAAAUCAGGGGCUUUUUUGCCUAGUAUUUAGAGCCAGUGCCAGACCUCUCCCAGCUUUCAGCUCUGCUGAUAGCUUCCUGGGCCCCUUUGCUGCUUGGUGCCUCAGUUUCCCCAUCUGCACCAUGGGUGGGCAGCUGCUAACCACUAACCCAGACCUCAGUUCUAUAGAGAUCCCCCCAGCCAUGGCUGGGCCUCUUCCCAGAGCCAGCCACAUCCUGAUGGAGUCUGUGGAGUGGGGUGAAGCCAUCCGGAGCAGGGAAGAAGGAGGGGAUGAAGCUGUGGCGCAUGUAAUGCUGAUAUAUUGGUUCUAUUAACUAUAAUAAUCAUUCAUUCAUUAACGAGAA